CAUGACUCACUUUGAAACUCAUCCUCCAAAGUCAAAUAGGAGUCAAAAGUGAGGAAUUCCGUCCCUCGUCAUCAAAAACGAAGAGAGAGGGGAAAGAGGAAUGGUUCAGCAAGUUUCCUAAAUAUACUUCGUAACUUGAUUGUGGGUAAGAGUGAAGACCAGGCUGGACGUGUGGGGACCUCCAGGCUGGUGCUGAAACCUUCAGCUAGCAACUCAGGUUUUUGAAGUUCAGCAAUGGAGUCUUUCUCUGCUGAGACCAAUUCAACUGACCUACCCUCACAGCCCUGGUAUGAACCCCAGAUAAUUCUCUCCAUGGUCAUUCUCAGCCUCACCUUCUUACUGGGAUUGCCAGGCAACGGGCUGGUGCUGUGGGUGGCUGGCCUAAAGAUGCAGCGGACGGUGAACACAGUUUGGUUUCUCCAUCUCACGCUGGCGGACUUCCUCUGUUGCCUCUCCUUGCCCUUCUCCCUGGCUCACUUGGCUCUCCAGGGACACUGGCCCUACGGCUGGCUCCUCUGUAAGCUCAUCCCCUCCAUCAUUGUCCUCAACAUGUUUGCCAGUGUCUUCCUGCUGACUGUCAUUAGCCUGGAUCGUUGCCUUUUGGUACUCAAGCCAAUCUGGUGCCAGAAUCACCGCAAUGUGGGGACAGCCUUCACUAUCUGUGGAUGUAUAUGGGUGGUGGCUUUUGUAAUGUGCAUACCUGUGUUCGUGUACCGGGAAACAUUCACUGUAGGCAACCGUGACGUGUGUGGCUACGAUCUUGGCUUCUACGGCUCAUUAGAUUAUUCAGACUUCACCAUUGAUCUACUGGAAAAUGGAUCUCUUGACAACUCCCUUGUUCAGCUGCCUGGAGAAAUGGAUGCAAGGCUGCAGUCUUUCUCUGAACGAACCAAUGAUCUGCCUUGGACAGCCACCACUAUCUUCCAUUCUCAAACAUUUCAAAGACCUUCUGGACAGUCACUCCCUAUAGAUCCAGCUAAAUUAUCUAGUCAACCUCCAUAUGAUAACUUAUUUAAGCCUGCGAAUGAGGUCUCACCUAUAGCCCCCAGUGGGUUUCCCAUUGAAGAUCACAGAGCUAACCCACUCGAUUUAGAGCUUUACUCUGACUCUUCCAGCAAUUUCUCAAACUUGUAUGAGCUAUUCCAAGAUUUCCAGGGUGAUUAUUUAGGCCAGUUUUCAUAUAACAAUCAAGUACUAACCCCCCGGGGGGCAGUAACCAUCACCAGACUAGUGGUAGGUUUCCUUCUGCCCUCUUUUGUCAUGGUGGCCUGUUACAGCCUCAUUAUCUUCCGCAUGCGACGGGGCCGCUUCACCAAGACUCGGAUCAAAACCUUGAAAGUGGCCAUGGCUGUGGUGAUUGUCUUCUGCGUCUGCUGGGCUCCCUACCACAUUGUUGGGAUCCUAGCAUUGUUUUUUGACUCAGAAACUCCCCUUGGAGAAGCUCUGCUGUCUUGGGACCACGUGUGCAUCGCUCUCGCGUCGGCCAAUAGUUGCUUUAAUCCCUUCCUCUAUGCCCUCCUAGGAAAAGAUUUUAGGAAGAAAGCAAGGCAGUCGAUGAAGGGCAUUCUGGAGGCAGCUUUCAGUGAAGACCUCACACACUCUACCAGCUGUCCCCAGAGCAAAGUCUUUACGGAAAGAAAUAGUAUCAGUACAUCUGUGUGAAAAUACGGAGCGGUUGACCCCAGCAGAGGUUCUUUAGGUAUUCACCCAGUGUGCCAUUUUCUAAAACAAUAAGGGAUAUUGUGAGCAGGGGAUUUCAGAAACCAUCAAAGAAUCAAUCCAGAGGUUCUCAAAGUAUGAGCCCAGGCCAGGGGCAUCCGCAUCCCCUGGAAACUUGCUAGAAUCUCCAAGAAACUUGCUGAACCAGAAUGUCUGGGGGUGGGGCUGCAGAAAGUGUUUUAACAAGCUCUCUUGUUUCUAAUGAAUGCUAAAUUUGAGAAUUGUAAAAAUUAGUCUAUUUCUAUCCCAACCUAAGCUAAAUGAAACCAACGAGAACCUAGUCUGUUUCAAAAUGAUUUUUCCAUCACGAAAUUUUUUUUUUAUCGUUAGUUAUUUUUGAGAGAGAGAGAGCAUGAGCAGGGGAGAAGCAGAGAGAGAGGGAAACACAGUAUCUGAAGCAGGCUCCAGG